AUGUUUUCAGUGUUACGGCGAUGCCUAGCUGCCCAGAAGCACUUGAAGGAUCGGAGAUGUCAUAUGUGUAGCAAGGACCUCCUAUAUAAAAUGUAUCUUCGCAGACACGCAGAAGACGUUCAUCGCCUUGCUACCGAACGUAAUUACUACGCAAAAGAGAAAUCAGGAUCGGACAUCGAUACGGACUGA